AUGCCAGGUGCGAGCUCUGUUAUGCUAGGUCUUCGACCCACGACAAGAAUAGUUUUCCGCAGCAAUAUUUCGCUUUUACCUUCGAGGACUUUUGUAUCAUAUAGCGGGAGGUCCCAGAGUGUUUCGAUACUGAAAAAUGCUCCAAACUUAGUAAACAAUGUCAUAGCUCUUCAGCAAAUUAUACCGAAAAGAUUUUUUUCUCAAACGUCGAUUGUGAAAUCAAGAUGGAGGCCUAUUUUCAGUGAAGAGACUACUAAUCGAUAUGCGCGUUUGAACAGGUUUCAGCAGUACCAGCAACAGAGAAGUGGCGGCAAUUCGCUGGGCUCCAUGACUAUUUUGGGGCUUUCGCUAAUGGCAGGAAUUUAUUUCGGCUCUCCUUAUUUGUUCGAGCACGUCCCACCUUUUACGUACUUCAAGACGCAUCCAAAGAAUCUUGUAUACGCAUUAUUAGGGAUCAACGUUGCUGUAUUUGGUUUAUGGCAAUUACCUAAAUGCUGGAGGUUUCUACAGAAGUACAUGUUACUGCAGAAAGAUUAUGUAACUAGCAAAAUAUCCAUUAUCGGAAGUGCAUUUUCACAUCAAGAAUUUUGGCACUUAGGUAUGAACAUGUUAGCACUGUGGUCCUUUGGCACUUCACUCUCAACGAUGUUGGGGGCAUCCAAUUUUUUCUCCUUGUAUAUGAAUAGCGCCAUUGCAGGGUCUUUGUUUUCGUUAUGGUAUCCAAAGCUGGCACGCUUAGCCAUUGUUGGGCCUAGCUUGGGGGCCAGUGGAGCGCUAUUUGGGGUUUUAGGAUGCUUUUCGUAUCUAUUCCCGCAUGCUAAAAUAUUGCUGUUUGUUUUUCCAGUCCCAGGCGGGGCCUGGGUAGCAUUCUUGGCUUCAGUGGCAUGGAAUGCAGCUGGUUGUGCUUUAAGAUGGGGGUCAUUUGAUUAUGCUGCACAUUUAGGUGGCUCUAUGAUGGGGGUCUUGUACGGAUGGUAUAUUAGUAAAGCUGUAGAAAAACAGAGGCAGCGUCGCCUCCAGACUGCUGGUAGGUGGUUUUAA